AUGAAUAUUUUGCGAUUAACUCUCUUUUUUUCCAUCACUAGCCGAAUUCUGAGCGUCUCACAGCCCAUCUAUGACGAUAGAUUUCGUGUUAUCCAAGAUGAUAAAGUUCCUGUCGACCUUGCAACAACGAAGCCGCCAACAACUCAGCCACCAACAACCAAGCCAACAACAACAAGCCCGGCAAAAGCGGAAAGCACUGCUGCCUUCCGUCGCCUUCUCCAAUUAGCCGCUCUCUGUGGUGGCCGGGCUUACAAAGUCAACGACCCGGACGAUGACGACGUCAACGACGAGGACUUUCAACCCGACUCAAGCGGUUCGUCUGGAGACGACAGUGGAAGCGGAGAGGAAAGUGCUGAAGCCGUCGAGGAGACGCCAAAAAACCCCUACCACUAUCAAGGCCUGACCCUCCGAUCAGGGAAACAAAUAAGCAGCGUUUGA